AUGAACCGACUCGGCCUCCUUGCUCCCUCGGAGCUCACGCCUGCACAGGGAGAGGCUUACGAUGUGAUGCACAAAUAUACAACGGCAAACUACGGUGACAGGUUCAUCUACCUCGACAACCAAUCUCGAUUCGUAGGCCCCUUUGGAGCCCAAAUCCACCACCCCGAGGUCGCCAAAGCCUUCAUCCAGUUCGCAACAUCUCUCCGAAGAAUUCCAGAUUUUCCACAUGAAGUACGUGAGGUCGCCAUCCUGGCGGUGGGCUCUCGCCUUGGGCCAGCAUACGAGUCAUACGCGCACGAGAGCCUUUCAGGCUUUACCGAAGCAGAGCAACAUCAACUCCAUGAGGGAACUUGUCCCGCACAUUUUUCAGACAAGCAGAAGGUUGCGUACAAAGUAGCCAUCGAGCUUGGAAAGUCUGGACCGUCGCCAUCAGCGCUUUGGGAGGAGGCAACAAGUGUCUUAGGCAUCCACGGUGCUACCGCUCUGGUCCACUACGUUGGCUUCUACGCAUAUGUGUCCACGGUGCUCAAUGGGUUCGAUGCUAAAGUACCUUCUUAG